AUGAUUCCUUCAGCACUGGCGAAUAAAACUCCUGACAAGCCAACUGAAGAGAAUCAAAAAGACAUACUCACCAUGAUUUGUGAGGGGAGAAAACACAAAGAAUUGAAAGCAGAUAUCAAAGACGCCGUUGUUUUAAUAGUUUUGAUAUUCAUGAGUAUGUUUUCACGAUUUUUUCGAGUGCAGUACCCUCGGUAUGUCAUAUUUGACGAAGUACACUUCGGUAAAUUUGUAACUUACUAUAGAAAUGGUGAAUAUUUUUAUGAUAUUCAUCCUCCUUUAUCAAAACUAAUCAUGUAUUUGCAUUCAUACUUAACAACAUAUGAAGAGAAUUACGAUUUCAAUAUGUUACAAUUUAAAAACGAAAAAUAUCCAAAUUAUAAUUACGUUUCAAUGCGUUCAGUUAAUGCAUUUUUCGCUGGAUUAUGUCCACCAAUAAUGUUUGCUAUUGCUCGUGCAAUGGGAUGCAGUUUCAAUGCAUCAUUGCUGAUUUCAUUGAUGACUAUUUCAGAUAUAUGCAUGAUAGUGCAAGGCAGAUUUAUACUUUCAGAUGGUAUACUACAUUUCUUUAGUUGUUGCGCCAUUUUGACAUUUUUCCUAGAUUAUCGUCUUAAUACUGUUUUUACAUUCAGUUUAGAAGCAUUAUUCAUCGGAUUAGCGUGUUGUUGUAAGUUUACUGCUGGUGGAAUUGCUCUUUGCGUCUUUGUUUUUGAAUUUAUAUACGCAUUUACAAAAUCCGACAAUAAAAAUCGAAAAACAUACAUAUUACACGCAUAUUAUCGUUGCUGCUUUAUUCUUUUAACGAUAAUAUCAUGUUUAUUAUUUACUACAGUAAUUCAUUUAGAAUUAUUACCUUAUCGCCCUGAAAACAACGAAACAUUCGUCACUCCACUGAUAAACAACCCUCUUGUAAGCAAGCAUGACACAAAUUGGACCGCUAGAGCUAAUUCUUCACCAGUAAUUUUGAGAUCAUUUGAACUUUUACUUCACCAGCUUACAAGUAACUUAGAUAGAAACAUGACCCAUCCAUAUUCAUCGCGCUGGUAUCAAUGGCCGCUACUUACAGGUAAAUCCAUUGUAUUUUGGACUGAUGAUCAAAGAAUGGUAGUAAACAUGGGUUCUCCUUUACUUUACUACCCUGUUUUCUUCCUUAUUAUUAUUGGUAUUGCUUAUUCUUACGGAAGAAACAAGUUUUGCACCAAACAAUUCAUUUGUAUUGUUGGAUAUCUUUGUUGUUUGCUUCCAUUCGCAUUAGUACCUCGUGUAACGUUUUUGUAUCAUUAUACUCUAUCUCUUUUGUUUGGAAUCCUUCAUGCAGGUGUUUUUGUUGACAAAUUACCUCCAAAAAUUCGAGGAUUUCUUUUCCCUCUUUUAGACGUUUGUGUAAUUGUUGGAUACUUCUUGUGGGCGCCUUUAGCUUACUCUCUUGUGGAGCUGGACUUCGACUUCCUUAAGUGGUUUAGCAACUGGUAUUAA